GCAAGCUCAAGAAGUUUGAGAAUGGCACAUGGCAUGUCGUCCCCACUGAAGACCACGUGAAGAUGACCAAACUGGAUGGGCAAGUGUGGCUUGCCCUCCUCAACCUCCUGCUCAGCCCUGAAUGCCAGCGCAAAUACCACUUUGAUGGCUUCAACAAGUGUCAGCUCCUUAAGCUCCGUGCGUUCCUGACAGAUGUCCUUGUCGACCAGCUGCCCAACCUGGUGGAGAUGCAGAGAUUUCUGAGCCACCUCGCGGUGACAGAGCCAGCUCCCCCUAAAAAGGAUCUCAUCCUGGAGCAGGUUCCCGUCAUCCGGGACCACAUCCUUAAGAAAAACACGGGGAAAUGGGAGGCCAUUGCCAAGCAGCAGGUGAAAGGUGUCUUUAGCCCCACCGAGGAAGAGCUGAAGCUCCAGGCAUGCAGGUGGUCACGGAUCUACAGCCUGGACAUGAUGGAGGCUCUGGCCCCCGAGAGGCCCUGCUGCAGGGUGUGUGGGGCAGAGGCGGCCAAGCGGUGCUCGCGCUGCCGCAACGAGUGGUACUGCACGCGGGCGUGCCAGGUCCAGCACUGGCAGAAGCACAAGGCUGCCUGUGACCUGAUGGCCGGGGCACCAAGAA